AUGAGUAGAUAUAGUGAUGGUGAAAAUGAAGAACACCAUUUAAACGUUGAACAGAAUGCAAGUAUUUUGCAUACACCAUCCAUGUAUUCAUCUGUCGGUGGUGAUGACGAUGUUUCUGCUGAAAGAGAUCUAUUGGAGAACGAUGAUGAUGAUGAUGUCGACCAAGAUAAAGAUCAUCUAUAUAAAAGAUCAAAUGUUGGAUACGACGACGACGACGAUAUCAACUUAGAUCAUUACAACAAUGACAAAGCGAAACUAUCACAAAAUAUAUUCAAAGAUGAGAGUUUACCUCAGCUUACAGUUCGAGCAAGUGUUGUUGGAAUUGCAGUUGGUGCUCUUAUGUGUUUUAGUAAUAUGUAUUUUGGAUUGCAAGCGGGUUGGGUAACGAUGGGAUCACUGCAGUCUACGCUGUUGGGUUUUUUGGUGUUUAGAUUGCUGCAGAAAAAGUUGAGUCGACAUUUCAAUCAUUUCGAGAACGUGCUGCUGCAGACGAUAGCUGUGGCCACUGCUACGAUGCCGCUGGCCGGUGGAUUCGUUGCCGUCAUCCCGGCGAUGAAGAAGAUGUGGCGUGAAGACCACCCAAACCAAGACUACCCUUCGUAUUUCUCGUGGUGGUCGCUGUUGCUGUGGUCACUGGGUCUGGCGUUUUUCGGUGUAUUCUUUGCGGUGCCGCUCCGCAAACAGAAUAUCAUUGUCGAGAAACUAAAGUUCCCAUCGGGAACUGCAACCGCUCAGAUGAUUCGCGUGCUUCACCAGCUCGAUGACGAUCAAGUGCAUACCGAGCUACUAAAGGUAAACAGCGAAUCGACAUCGGAAACCAUCACAAGCUCAAAGGAUUUCGAUAGGAAGUUCAAGAUUCUCUUUAUUUCAUUCGGUGUUUCCGCCGCCUAUAAGCUGCUGGGCUAUUUCUUCCCGGUGGUAGAGGAGAUUCCACUGUUUGGAACGUAUCUUCAGAGCACUUGGCAUUGGGCGUUGACACCAUCUCCAAGCUACAUCGGACAAGGUAUGAUUAUGGGAACGAAAACCGGUAUUUCGCUGAUGAUCGGUGCCAUUUUGGGAUGGGCAAUUCUCGGUCCGAUCGCACGAAACAAUGGAUGGGCAACCGGUAGUGUAACUUCAAUCGAUGGUGCCUCCGGUUGGACACUCUGGGUCGCUUUAUUUAUAAUGAUUUCGGAAUCACUCAUUUCACUGGCUAUUGUGCUUGUUCGUCAGCUUCUCAUUCGUUUUGGAUACCUGAGAAAUCAUCGGUCACCGGAGGAGAACGUCGAUCCCGCACCAGAGAGCCAGCAGGUUCCUCGAAAGUGGUGGAUCUCUGGAUUGGUCGUAUCGACCGUUCUCUGUGUGGCCAUAGUAUCUCCGUUGUUUGACGUGCCAGUCUAUCAGACUUUUAUCGCUGUGGUGCUGGCGAUGCUAACCAGUGUGUUGGCGGUGCGUGCACUCGGUGAAACCGACUUGAACCCGGUCAGUGGUAUCGGAAAGAUCAGUCAGAUAGUAUUUGCAUUCAUUGCCCGUCACAAUAUCCUUGCGAAUUUGGUUGCCGGUGCCGUUGCAGAGGCCGGCGCUCAGCAAGCCGGUGACAUGAUGCAGGAUCUCAAGACUGGACAUCUGCUGAAAGCAUCGCCACGCAUUCAAUUCUACGGUCAGUUGAUUGGUUCGUUCUUCUCGAUAUUCUUUGCUGUAGCUGCCUAUGAGCUGUACGACAAGGUCGGCAACAUGUCAGAGAAUGCACCGAUGGCGAAUGCCUGGCUUGGCAUGGCGAGGCUGGUCAAUGGAAACAACUUGGCGCCACAUGUACUACCUUUUUGUAUUGCUGCAGGUGUGAUCGUUUCAUUCAUUCCGAUUAUCGAAUCGAUAAACCCACACAUCGGUGAAUAUCUGCCAAGUGGUAUUGCAAUUGCCAUCGGUAUUUUAGUUAGACCCAACUACAUCAUUGCCAGAUGCAUUGGAACGGUCAUCAACUGGGUAUGGAAACGCUAUAGAUCCGAUACAUACAACGAGUAUAUGAUAGUAGUUGCAUCUGGUUUAGUAUUAGGUGAGGGUGUGACAUCUAUUUUCACCUCCUUACUUUCAAUCUUCCAUAAAUUUUAA